CCUCCCAGCGGUUGGCUAACGUGGAAGCGCGUCCCCCUGGCGGCUGAGGAGCCCGGACCGCCUUGCCUGGGCAGUUGGGCGCGCGGCCCGGCGACGGAGGGCUUCUCGGCGCGGCUCGGCCUUUCCCGGGAGGGAGCGAUGGGGCGCGCGGGCGCCGGCGAGCGGACGCCGGUGUAAGACGCGCGGCGCCCGGCCCCGGAGCGAGGCGGCGGCGGCGGCGGCGGCGGCGUCGGGCGCGGGGAAGCCUGUGAGGGCCGCCGCCCCGAGCCCCGGCCUCCCGCGCCAUGGCCCCCAUGGGCAUCCGCCUGUCCCCGUUGGGGGUGGCCGUGUUCUGCCUGCUAGGGCUCGGCGUGCUCUACCACCUCUACUCGGGCUUUCUGGCCGGCCGCUUCAGCCUCUUCGGCCUGGGCGGCGAGCCGGGCGGCGGCGCGGCCGCAGGGUCCGCGGCCGCGGCCGACGGGGGCACCGUGGACCUGCGCGAGAUGCUGGCCGUGUCGGUGCUGGCGGCGGUUCGCGGCGGCGAUGAAGUGAGGCGAGUCCGCGAGAGCAACGUCCUCCACGAGAAGUCCAAGGGGAAGACGCGCGAGGGGGCCGAGGACAAGAUGACCAGCGGGGACGUGCUGUCCAACCGCAAGAUGUUCUACUUGCUCAAGACCGCCUUCCCUAACGUGCAGAUAAAUACUGAGGAACAUGUAGAUGCAGCUGAUCAGGAGGUUAUCAUAUGGGACCGUAAGAUUCCUGAGGACAUCCUGAAGGAAAUCGCCACCCCCAAGGAGGUACCAGCAGAAAGCGUUACUGUCUGGAUCGAUCCACUGGAUGCUACACAGGAAUAUACAGAGGAUCUUCGAAAGUAUGUCACUACUAUGGUGUGUGUGGCUGUGAAUGGUAAACCUGUGCUAGGAGUAAUACAUAAGCCAUUUUCUGAAUACACAGCUUGGGCCAUGGUAGAUGGUGGGUCCAACGUGAAAGCCCGCACUUCCUACAACGAGAGGACCCCGAGGAUCGUUGUGUCACGCUCCCAUUCAGGAAUGGUCAAGCAGGUUGCUCUUCAGACUUUUGGAAACCAGACCACCAUUAUCCCAGCUGGUGGUGCCGGUUAUAAAGUCUUAGCACUCUUGGAUGUACCCGAUAAGAGUCAAGAAAAAGCUGAUCUGUAUAUCCAUGUGACAUACAUCAAAAAAUGGGAUAUAUGUGCUGGCAACGCCAUCUUAAAAGCCCUUGGGGGGCAUAUGACUACCCUGAGUGGUGAAGAAAUCAGUUACACUGGGUCCGACGGCAUUGAAGGAGGGCUCCUUGCCAGCAUCAGAAUGAACCACCAAGCCCUGGUCAGAAAACUGCCAGAUCUAGAGAAGACAGGACAUAAAUAAGCAAAGCUGAUUACAGGUCACAGUUCUUCCCAAGUUGAACGGUCCGCCGAAACGCCGGGGGCUUCAAAGCAUCGGUGCAGACUAUGCAUGGUUAAGGCCAUCCUGAACUUUCUGAAGUAUUUAUGAAGCAUCAGAGACUUAUUUUCCCUGUAAUAGGAUGGAAGAUCAGGGAAAAUGGGUCGCUUCGUGUCUCAAGUAUUGUCUUUAUUUUUGAGACGAUUUUCGUACAGUUGUCAAUACACAAGGCGCAUAUAUAUAUAUAUGUAUAUAUAUAUAUUUGUGAAUUAAAAUCUACAGCUGAGUA